AUGCACCUCUUGGUGGCAUCCUCACAACCUUCCCUAUCAUCUGUCCCCUCCACCCUCCCUCCCGCCACCACUACUCUCCUCCGCCUCGUCUCCUGCCCGUGCCGCUCCCCUUCCUCCUGCACUCGCUCAUCACGCUCCUCCUCUCGCUGCAAACCAUCUUCAACUUCCUCUGCUCCGCUCUCCUCCCGGCCGGCCCAGUCACGCGUGUGCCCUUCGGCUCAGCAGACAUGCCAACUGUUUCAGCAGGUUCGUUUGACGGCUGGCAGUUGUGCCGCCGUUGCCACCCGCCCCGAGCCAAGCCCCCCGGUGCCCACCACUGCAGCAGCUGCAGCACAUGCGUUAUGGACAUGGACCAUCACUGCCCCUUCAUUGGCAACUGUGUGGGUCGGGCCAAUCAGAGGCACUUCCUGCUCUUCCUCCUCUCCACAAUAA